AUGCGGGGUAGAGAUGAACUGCGAACCUCUAGCCCCAAUAAAAUGAAGAAAGACCGUCAUACUCUAAAACUGUACCUCCGCACUUUUAAAGAGUUUUCUAUAAUCGGAGAUGGACCCAGUACUAACACCAGAGAUAAUACAUAUUGGCUCACUCAGAUUGAAGAGAUUUCAGAUGCUGAAGAGGUUGAUGUUGAUGAAACAGACCCUGAAAUCUCAGAAUUAAGCAAAAAUAUCAUUAUGGUUGAAAAUGGAUACACUGCAACGAUUAAUGUUCCGUCGAUGUUUCACAAGUUCAUCAUUGGUGUUCAACACUCAAAGAAAAAACUAUUGGAAGAUGAAUUUCGAUGCAACAUUGAAAUCCCAUUGUUCAGUUCUAAUUCUUCAGUGAUUUCUGUUACUGGUUCUUCGAAAUUCAAUGUCUUGAGUGCUUGUCGUCGUAUUCUUUGGAUAGUAUCUGAUGCUCGUAUUCGUUGCCAACCAACUCACUUCAUAUGCUUACCAGUCGCGUGCCAGGUAGUAAAGGAAAACUUCCAGAAAUUCCGACAGUCUGUGUUGCAGGCUGCCAAAAAGUCUGCUGCUCACGAUUUUGUGGGUGUAGAUAGUUCUGUCUUUCAUUCGACAUCCACACUGCAUUUCACUCUAGUCACACUGGUUUUGGCUGACAAAUAUGAGAUUGAAAAAGCUUGUGAUGCACUGGGAACAUUUUGUAAAUCUGCAAAAGGUUAUGAACUGUUUUCCCGUGGUCCUCUCAGUCUUACUCUGAGGGGUCUAGAGUAUAUGAAUGAUGACCCCGAUUCUGUCCAUGUGCUGUACGCUAAGCUAACUGAAUCACCUGAUGCACAGCGACUGCAAGCUAUUGCUAAUGAGUUACUGAAUGUAUUCACUGAAAAAAACUUGCUACACAUGACUCUACUUAAUUCUAAGUAUCGACAAGAAAGAGAUAGACAAAAUGUAUCUUCGUCCCAUGGAUUUUCGCCUAACGCUCGUAAACCGUUCAGCAUAACAGGGAUUUUGAAAGUCGCAGGGGAUUUUUGUUUUGCUGAAAAUCAGUCCUUUGAUCAACUUUAUUUGUGUGACCGAUUAUCAUUCGAUUCUACUACUCAGUUCCAUAAAUGCUGUUGCAAAAUCGAAUUUAAUAAUACCUGUGAUAGUGAGUGCGUACGUGUUGUAAAAGUAUAA